UGUAAAUAAACAAUGCCGUUUGUUUGGCCGUAGAGGGUCUGGCUGGAACGUUCUGCUGUCAUCGAAGCGCAGGACUGAAAUCUGCUGCAAGACAAAUAGAGAUAUCAUUACUUUUUGAGUGGAGUGAGUCGGUUCCUCCAAGCCAUGCACUGCAGCUGCGUAUGGAGCUCCAGGACUCUGUCCCCUGCCCUGCUCCCUAGGCUACUGGCCCAUGCAGGAUGCUGGGCUCCGGGGACCAGGCCUAGGGGUAUCUGGAGCUCCCCCCGGAGCCUGGCCUCGGCUGUAGAGACCACGCAGCCCAUCCCCCUGCCCAGCCAAGCCCGCGUGGUGAUCUGUGGAGGGGGCAUCGUAGGGACGUCUGUGGCCUAUCACCUGGCCAAGCUGGGCUGGACUGAGAUCGUACUAUUGGAGCAGGGAAGGCUAGGCGCUGGCACCACCAGGCUGUGUGCUGGGAUCGUCAGCGUGGCCAAGCCCAUCUCCAUUGAGUGUAAAAUGGCUGACUACUCCAACUCCCUGUAUGAACACCUGGAGGAGGAGACUGGGGUCAAGACAGGCUACGUGAAAACAGGCUCUCUAUGCCUGGCCCAGAAUCAGGACCGUUUCCUCUCCCUGAAGCGUCUGGCAUCCAGGCUGAA